AUGCAUCCUUAUUUUGUUGCGUCUAUAGUAGUUAGCGUUGCAGUUGUUGGCUUUGUAGCUUAUACAGUUUAUAAUGAAAUUUUAAACGAGCCAAUUCCAGUUUAUUCCAUAGCUGGAGGCAACAGAAACAAUUCAAAGGAUUCCUCUAGUGAAAAAGAUUCAGAUUCUGAUUCUGAUUUAUCUGGUAGAAACGCUACAGAAGAAAGGAUAGAAGAACAACUUUUAGAAAAUUUAUCAUAUCUUAAUAUUUUAGAACAAGAAUUACACCGUAAAAGUAAAGAAAUAGAAAAUGAGGAGCGAAUUUUGAAAGAGAGAGAACAAGAACUUGAAAAUAGGAAGCAACGCUUAAAAUCCAUCAGUUCAAAAUCCAGCUCUGAUUCUGAUUUAUCUAAAAACACAAAGAACACUUCUGCUACUAACACUAUUUUAGACAAUGACAGCAAUGAUGAAAUUCCAUUAAAAGAUGUUGAACAACAUUCUUUAUAUAAUGAAAGUAGCCUUUAUCCUGACACAGCUGUACAAUCAAUUCUCUCGCAAGGUUUAUCAAGUAUUAGUAGUCAUCACCUGCAAUCAUCUGUUGAUAGUGCAUCAAAUUCUUCUACCAUAAACGACGAAAUCAUUCGGCAACAGCAACAAAAUCAACAACAUUUAUUACAAAGACAAAUUCUUGAUCUUCCAGACAAUUCUCGUUUUUUAUCACCCAAUCCAUCAGAAGAUGCGUGGUCUGAAAUUGGAUCUAUUAUUUCAGAGGAUGUUGGAAGUGAAAUGUCAUCUGCAGUUGACAUUGAUAUGGAAGAAGUAGAUGUUAUAGAGCAUUAA